ACCGGGGCGGCGGCCCGGCAAGGUUUAAAAGCUGCUGCGUGGGGGGAGCUGCAGGCAGGAGCGAGCGGAGGGAGCGAGCGAGCGCACCGGUCAGGAUGGAUGCAUGGGGGCUGCUGCCAGCCAAGAACAAGCUGACUGAGGUGACUGACAAAAACCUGGAUGAUUGGAUCAUGCGGAACCUGCAGCCCAGCUCAGACUUCUGCAGGCAGGUGAAGCAGACGGUGAAGCAGAUCUGUGAGUUCCUGAAGAGGGACUGCUUUGGGAAAAACAUCCAUGUCCACAAGACUGUCAAGGGUAUCUCUUUGCAGGGUGGCUCGGCGGGCAAGGGCACAGCCCUGCAGAACAACUCUGACGCUGAUGUGGUGCUCUUCCUCAGCUGCUUCUCCAGCUACCAGCAGCAGAACCAGGACAGAGAUCAUAUCCUGGAUUUAAUCAAGCAAAGGCUGCAUGCCUGCAAGGAAAGCCUCAGUUUCACUGUGAACAUCACCGAGCCCCGGUACAAGGGGCCCAAGAAUACAUCACGCUCCCUCAGCCUCACUCUGUUCUCCAGGGAGUCCAAAGAGUCCAUCGAUGUGGACAUCCUGCCUGCCUACGAUGCCUUGGGGCAGGUGAAGGAGGAUGCCCCACCAGAUGACGAGGUGUAUGUGAAGCUCCUGGAUGUCAGCACUAGUCCUGGGGAGUUCUCCCCCUGCUUCACUGAGCUGCAGAAGAAGUUUGUGAAGCGUCACCCUGCCAAGCUGAAGAACCUGCUGCGCCUGGUCAAGUAUUGGUACAAGGAGUCCUUGAAGCCAAUGUACCCCAAUGCAAGCCUGCCCCCCAAGUAUGCCCUGGAGCUGCUGACCAUCUAUGCCUGGGAGGAGGGCACGGGCUCCUCUCACCAAUUCGAUACAGCUGCGGGAUUCCGCACAGUGCUGGAGCUGCUGCGCCAGCACCAGGAGAUCUGCGUCUACUGGGAAACAUACUACUCACUGCAGCACAGCCGGAUUGGUGCCCAUGUCAGGAUGCUGCUGGGCAAUACCUGCCCUGUCAUCCUGGACCCCGCUGACCCCACAGGGAUCCUGGGCCAAGGCAAGGAAUGGAACCUGGUGGCACAGGAAGCUACCAAACACCUUUCACUGCCCUGUGUCAGAACUGUCGAGGCCUGGAAUGUGCAGCCAGCCCGCUCUGUGACAAUUGAGGUGAAGCAGCUGGUGGGCACCAGCCUGAGCAUGACUGUCAGCCCAAGCACCACUGUCAGGAAGCUGAAGGAGAAGAUCCAGAAGGAGUGGGAAAUCCCCUGGUACAACCAGCGCCUGGCGCUGCAGAAGACAGACACCGUCCUGCAGGACAGUGAGACCCUGGCCACCCACGGCAUCUUCUACAACACCACACUGGUGCUGCUGCAGACUGAGCCCAAGGUGAUGGAGAUCUUUGUGAAGGACGAGAAGAAUCGGACCACCACCUACACAGUGAAGCCCACCCACACUGUCAGGCAGCUGAAGGAGCAGGUCCAGAAGGAGCUGCGCAUUCCCGCCGACCAGCAACGCCUGACAUAUUGCUCCAAGGAGCUGGAAGACUGCCACAUGCUGGCACACUACAAUAUCCAGCCCUUGAGCACCAUCUUCCUGCUUCUGAGACUCCGGGGGGGUACAAGCCCCUAGCAUCCCCAGUUCCCUGCUUGUUUGCCUGCCUGAGCAUCACCCCUGGCACCAGCCCGGCCCCUGUACCACUCAUCUACCCUCAUCAUGCUGGAAAUAAAUGCCUUGGUAAAUCCUUGUGCUUCUCACGA